GAUGCAUUGCUUCACCCAAGUCAUUGAGACACAUCUGUCAUACACUCGUCAAUGAGGACAUCGCUUCUCUGCUACUUGGUGAAAUUAGGAAGGAACUGAAGACAUCAAAUAAAGGAAGUGGAGGAGAAAGACAAAAACCAAUGAUUUGGACAAAGCAGAGGCAGUUUCCCUCUGGGCUCCGUUCAAGUCCUUGGAGGACAUUGGCGCUUAAUGGUCCCCAGGGAGAGAAGGCGGCGCCAGGACCAUGUGGCUGCUCCCACCUCUGCUCCUGCUCCUCAUCCCAGGCUCAUCAGAUCUGUCAGCUGUCAUCAUGGGUCCUGGAGAAGCGAGUGGCCCUGAGCGGGGCUCGCUGACCGUGCAGUGUCGCUAUGACCCAGGGUGGGAGCCCUACCUGAAGUACUGGUGUCAAGGAGCUGAAUUCAGGAACUGCAGGAUCCUUGUUGGAACCACAGGAUCAGAGCAGGAGGUGAAGGAGGACCGUGUGUCCAUCAGGGACAAUCAGACCAGCCGCAUGUUCACCGUGACCAUGGAGAACCUGACACGGGAGGAUGCAGACACUUACUGGUGUGGGAUUGAGAGAAUUGGAGCUGACCCUAACGUCCAAGUUAAAGUGGCCGUUGGCCCAGGCUCAUCAGGUGUCAUCAUGGGUCCAGAAGAAGCGAGAGGCCCUGAGCGGGGCUCACUGACCGUGCAGUGUCGCUAUGACCGAGGGUGGGAGACCCACGUGAAGUUCUGGUGUCGAGGAGCUGAAUUCAGGAAAUGCACCAUCCUUGUUGGAACCACGGGAUCAGAGCAGCAGGUGAAGAAGGACCGUGUGUCCAUCAGGGACAAUCAGAAGAGAAGGACCUUCACCGUGACCAUGGAGAAGCUCAGGCAGGAGGAUGCAGACACUUACUGGUGUGGGUUUGAGAAAAAUGAAUCUAAUCCUGGGGUCCCAGUUAGAGUGACCGUUGACCCAGGCUCAUCAGCUGUCAUCACGGGUCCAGGAGAAGCGAGAGGCCCUGAGCAGGGCUCGCUGACCGUGCAGUGUCGCUAUGUCCCAGGGUGGGAGAAGCACGUGAAGUACUGGUGUCGAGGAUCUGAUUUCAGUAUCUGUAGGAUCCUUGUUAGAACCGCGGGAUCAGAGCAGGAGGUGAAGAGGAACCGUUUGUCCAUCAGGGACAAUCAGACCAGCCGUGUGUUCACCAUGACCAUGGAGAAGCUCAGGCGGGAGGAUGCAGACACUUAUUGGUGUAUGAUUGAGAGAGUCGGAUCUGAUCAUGGCGUCCCAGUUAAAGUGACCGUUGGCCCAGCCACUACAGUGUUGACCACCAUCCCCACCACGUUCACAGUGCCGGUCACCACCGAGGUCCCUACAAGCUCCCCAACUGUGAGCAGCCUGCACCCCGAAGGCAGGGCCCUGCUCAGCAGCGUCCACUUCCUGCUCCUGGUCUUCCUGAAGCUGCCGGUGUUCCUGAGCAUGCUGGGGGCCGUGCUCUGGGUGAACCGGCCUCAGGGGGGCUCUGAGGGGGGCGGGCCCCCCCGUUCUGAGAACCAGUAGCCCCCAUGGCCAUUGACGUCUUGUGUGAACGAAAGAGCCUCAAGCGGAAGGAAAAGCACUUUUGUUAUGAAAUGACCGUGGUCAGCAGGGCCGGUGUUCUGGAGGCAGCGUGGCCCUGUCUCAGGACGCAGGACUCAGUCUGUGGGCGCCCAGAGCCGUGAUGCUGGGCCUCUGGGCCCGGCUCUGGGGUCCCCUUCUCCACUCCCAGGUCCUUCCUUCUUGCUGAGGCCACAGCGCAGCAGGAGGGACAAAGAGAUCAGCAGGAGAAGAGUCCAUCCCCGGGGCCCAAGGCCUUGAGUACCAGGUCUGAUCUCAGCCCCGAGAGCCCCGGCCCGGCAUAGACUGACUCUCAUUCGGACAGGGUUCAGGGCUCUUGCCCACUUGGGGGUCACAAGUCUUGACCCGGAGUAGAAAAGCGGAACCAGACACCAAUGACGUGCCCACCAGCAGUGAAGGCCUGAAUGCUCGGCGAGCAGGAGUGCUCUGGAGUCCUUCUCCUGCUGCUUUUUGCCUCUUGUGAGGAAGGACGCUCUGGCGCCAGCUCCGUCUGUCAUCUCCCGGAUGUGCACGUGGGAUCUUGAAACUGAUUUCACAUCCUCAUGUGGUCUCCGCAACCCUUCUUGUCAACAUACGUAAACGUUCUUGUUUUGAUAUAUUCCAUGUGGCUGCCUGUGUUGUUUUGGGGCCACGUGGAUACCCAUAUAUUUUGUGAACUGUGACAUGAUCUGCCAGACUCUGGCGCUAAGA